AGCAAGUCACAUAAUAAAAAAUCUCAAAUCAAAGACAGCAGAUGAAAAAUUAUAUCAUAUUUAAGUAGUAACAAAAGAAAGGAUUGAAGAAACAUAAGUAAUAUCAAAGCACUCGAGGUAGUUGUGAGGUGUGUGACCUUUUGAAAACACUGGCUCACAGUUUAAGUCUCACAAAUCAUCACAUGAUUUACUAUCAUUUUCAAACUUUAAAGGAGGCGGUGAGAGGAGCGAGAAGUUCAUUUUAAUAACCGGAUUUCCAUUUGAAAACGCGCUGACUGAUGUGCAAUGACCAAGCCGGAAUGAAGAGUUGAAGAAGAUAUAAUGUGAAAUAUAUUAUAUCUGCACCGAUCACGUGUGUGCACUUGUGGGUGAGCGAAGCAACGUAAAACUGGCAUAACCUGAAUGGAGUUUGGUGCCGGUGGCUGCGGCGACAGAAACACAGAUUUAACCUCAACUUUAAAACACGUUGUAGAUUCAAUAAACACUGGUUUUAAUAGUUGCGUGUGUAUAUGAAGGGGAAACUGACAAAAUUUAGAUGAUCGUGGAAUCUCGCGGGUAAAAUGACUGAAGAGCGAUCCAUGCCUCCCGAUGAAAUGCAGAAUAACCAGCAGCCGACAUGGGCAGUUUUCCUUCGGAGACGCCUGCAGGGUUUCCAGGGAAUCGAGGCUCCACCUUUUCGAGCGGUUCAGUGACCUCAGCAGUGGGUUGGACCGUGAGGGUGGGAUCUCCAGGCUUCCAGAGAGAGAGAGAGAAAGAGAGCGAGAGAGAGAGAGCGAGCUCCAGCCCCGUGUGUUCCUGCCUCUCUCUCUCUCUCUCUGAGGAUCUAUGCGGCUUCAUCGGUAGCACACACGGACUGCUUGUACCUUUCACACCCGCAGAAAAGGCCUUCCCCACCGGACCUGGACCUCCUUUAUUUUCUUCCUACAUGCGCCUCCAAUCGGAAUAAUUAAUAGAGGAAUGUGGAAAUUACAGAAUGCCCACCAGCGCUGGAAAGAGAUUUAAACCCACCAAAUACAUCCCGGUGUCCACUGCUGCCACACUGCUCGUGGGGUCCACCACUUUAUUUUUCGUUUUCACUUGCCCCUGGUUGACUAAGGUGAUCUCUUCCGCUGUGCCUCUCUACAAUGGCGUGGUCUUCCUCUUCGUUUUGGCCAACUUCAGUAUGGCGACCUUCAUGGACCCUGGUGUUUACCCCAGAGCCGACGAGGACGAGGACAAGGAUGAUGACUUCAGGGCACCGCUCUACAAGAACGUGGAGAUCAAGGGCAUCCAGGUCCGGAUGAAGUGGUGCGCCACCUGUCACUUCUACAGGCCGCCUCGGUGCUCGCACUGCAGCGUCUGUGACAACUGUGUGGAGGACUUUGACCACCACUGUCCCUGGGUGAACAACUGCAUUGGACGGAGGAACUACCGCUACUUCUUCCUCUUCCUGCUCUCUCUGACCAUCCACAUGGUUGGAGUUUUUUCCUUCGGCCUCAUCUUUGUCCUUCACCACAGAGAGAGGCUGGGAACGCUGCACACCACCGUCACUAUGGUGGUGAUGUGUAUAGCGGGGCUUUUCUUCAUUCCAGUUAUGGGGCUCACAGGCUUCCAUAUGGUGCUCGUGGCUCGAGGUCGAACAACCAAUGAACAGGUGACUGGAAAGUUUCGUGGAGGAGUGAAUCCCUUCACCAGGGGUUGCUGUGGCAAUGUGGAGUAUGUCUUAUGUAGUCCUCUGGCACCGAGGUACACGCUGGACCCCAGAAAAAAGCCCCCCAUCAAAAUCCAGCCCCCGUUCAUCAGACCAGAUUUCUCAGACCGACAGGUAACCAUUGUGGUCAGUGACAACGGCGUCCGCAGCACCAUCGUCAGCUCCAAGUCCAAAAGCAGCCUGGACGGCCUGGAUGAAAAAGAAACCCAGCCACCGCUGCCGCCCAAAGCUGACAGGUACAACCAGCUGAAAGGCCAGAUCAUCUCCGGUGAAGAGAGUUCUCUUUCUGGUAAAACCCACCCGUCCACUCCAGCCAUGUACAGAUUCAGGCCGUCUUUCGGCACCAUGCCGAAAGUCCACUACCACGCUGCUGGAGAGAAGAUUGUCAUGCCAGAUGAUCAGAAGACAUCAGCCAUCUUGGAAGAGGGUGUCCGUGGUCACGACUACCGAUCCGAGCCAAACCUCGACCUGCCUGAGUACACCAACACUCCCCUCCACCGCACCUUCCAGUCCUCUCCCCUCCAGCUGGACUCCGACCCCAUCAACUCCCACUCGCUCAGCCUGAAGCAAGGUCACCCCCGGCCGCAGAAGGGCCAGCUCCCGGCCCUGCAGCCGCAUACAGUCACAUCCACCCCCUACAAGAGUGUCUUCUCACCCAACACACUCUCCAACCGUAACGGCAGUCUGUCCUACGACAGCCUGCUCAACCCCAGCAUCUCCCCAGCCGCUGCCAGUGAAUGCAUGGCCCAUCGUGGUAUGCCCUCCAUGGGGUUCCACUCGCCCUACCUGCCCACCAAAAUGUGCCACAUCCGGGAACCUGAAAUGCAGAGGCAGCAGGUUGCCCCUGCCUACAGUCCAGUAAUGGCACCCAGAAGGGUGGGCAGGCAAUCACCUCACCCAAGGGACAGGGACAGGGACCCAUCCCCUGUGCGCUAUGAUAACCUCUCCCAGACCAUCAUGGCCUCCAUCCAGGAGCGAAAGGAGACAGAGGAGAGGGAGAAGCGGCAGAUGCUGCAUGGGCGAUCCCAGACUCACAUCUAUGCGCAGGACUCUGGUGUGUUUGAUGGGGGCUAUGUUCAAUCCCACAACGCUUGCUAUCCAGAUGGUCCUCGUGGCCCCAGUUCCAGGGGCCCAACACCCCCAGCCUAUGGAGGCUCCAGGGACAACCUGAUGGGGGUCGGGCUGUUGAGCUAUGGCCAGCGAACCCCUGUGCUGCGCCAUGCUGGCUCCACGCUGGGCCGCGCCCCUAGGACUUCCUCCACCUCCCUGCACAAUGAUCACAGUAGCACCAACAGCAGCCAGAGCAGGGCCACUGGCUCUGAGGGCCUCUAUCGCUCCCCGGCCCACCAGCCCCACUCCCCUGCUAUGCCCCGAUCUCCCUCCUACGCUCAUCAGAAAUACUCCUUCAUCGGUGCCCAUGAGAGGAUGGACUCACCUCGUCUGGGGGGCCCAAGAGAGGCCAUGAAAGUUAACGGGCAGAUGGACUGCCACCCCGGUACCCAGGGUGCCAACCUCAGCCCCAGUCGCCAUAGUAACGUCAAAAAGGUGACAGGCGUAGGGGGCACCACGUAUGAGAUAUCAGUGUGAGCAUGGACGCCACAUCCACCUCCGACCACAACAAACAGCCACUCUGUCACAAAGAGAUACUUCUUCUCUGUUACUUUUGUGUCUUGAUAACAGCCAGUCAGGGGCACACAGCGCUCUGUGAUUUUGGAGAUAUUGUCCAAUCAGAGGACCUGUCUGCUCUUGUGUAGGUCUGUCUGGCCAAAAUGCCUGUGUGUGUGUGUGUGUGUGUGUGUGUGUGUGUGUGUGUGUGUGUGUGUGUGUGUGUGUGUGUGUGUGUGUGUGUGUGUGUGUGUGUGUGUGUGUGUGUGUGUGUGUGUGUGUGAGUACCCGAGGGAUGGGUCGUCAGUGGAUACUGCUGCAGUCUGUGCUGUAUGUCCAAGGAGUGUUGUCAUUACAUUUUUGUGGCUUGUCACCUUUGUUGUAAGAGUGGACCGUCCAAUGAGAUUGUCAAUGUUAUAACCGUUGUCUCUCAGAUGAAGCAUACGUGCAACAAACAAAUCAAUAAAACACUGACCACCUCACCACGGCCCGCUGUGAGAGGAGACUUAAUGUCAACUCACCUCAAGAAGCCAAGGUGCUUCACGUUAACCUGUACUGUUCAAGUCGUCUUCAGCUCAAGGGGUGGCGCUGUGCAGCUUUGAGGACGGAUGAGUUAGAUUAACGAGAGAUUGUGAGAAAGUAUUUUUAGAUCAUGUCUGGUGGCUACGUUCCAAAUUCACUGAGAACGGUUUCCUUCAACUGCAACUCCCACCUUUGUGCAACAUAAUUCUCUCAGGAAUGAAUGCAAGCGCAGCGGAGAGGGUGGAAUAUGAUGUUACGUUCAUGAAUCAUGAAUGUCUUUUUCUUUGUCUCAGUCCAGUGCAGAUAUUGAUCCCUCUUUAGGUGCAGUACAUCAUGGUGGGCUUCUAUUAGUUUCAGUGAGGCUCAGUUAGGUGAGUUCAACGUGACACUAGAGCCAGGAAGAUGUUCAGUGACGUCCAAACGUCUGAGACCACUUCCCCAAAGCUGUGUCAGACGUUUGGACGCAGAUGUAUGUUUUCUUCAUCUAGUUCAGAGUGACUCCAGCCUUGCACCAACAAAACCACAUUUCCGCUAUUACAUGUUUUGUGUAAAAAAAGAAAAGAAAAAAGUUUAGUAUAAAUGUUUGUGUUAUUAUAACCAUAGGAUUUGGAAGGGUGAAGAAAAACAAGCCAUUGUCCCGUGUGGUAAACUAAAGAUAACUGGUCGCCCAUUCAUUAUUUUUUAGUUUUUUUAAAUUGGUUUGUUUCCUUUUUAUAUACCCAACCUUGAAAAAAACUGUUUGAUACAUCUUUUUAUACAGAUACUUAAGCCUGGAAUGGAUGUUUUAUUUUGAGUGGAGUUUCGUGUUGAUAAAUUAUAUAUAUAUACAGUAAAUAAAUGAGAUCAUGAAUAAUGGGUAGAAAUCCAUGAAAUAAAACUAUAGCUUGUUAUAACUUGCAGUGUAAAAAAUAUAUAUGAUGAAAUGUAAUAAGCUAUGUGACGUUGAGGUGUAAACAAUCUUUGACUCGUAUGUGUUGUGGACAAGUCGAGGAUUGGGCUCUGAGUAAGGGCAGAUUGAGACAUCAGUGCCAAAAGUGGCAAUGAACCACCUCAACUUCUCAAAGACGGCAAACAGGCGACAUCACAACUUUGUGCAGCAGCUGUCUGGUACAGCUUCAAUCCACUCAGAGUUCAAAUGGAACUUGCUCUUUUUUGGCUUCCUGCUGUUAUUCAGUCUCAUAACAUGAUUUACUUUUGACCAUUAAAAUGAACUGAUAAGUGGCAGGUUUUUAUUUAUGUUUUGCAUCAACAGAAUAUAUCAACACGUAGAGCGGUAGAUUAUUUAGUCCAGCUAUGUUUGCAUUAAGAAUAAACCAUUGUUGCCUUUUGAGAGGAAAAGCUGUUUCAUACAUCAUGAAAUGUAAGUGGUUGACACUAUUGUACACGAAAGGACAAUGAAUUAUUAGUUUUGUACUUGAGACAACAAAUGGCAGAAGUGACAACUCAGACUGAGUACAUUUGAUGUGAGAAAGUUCUGGAAGAACAGCUAAUGUACAAAGGGAUUCGUGAUCUAGGUUUUAGGAGAAGUCCAGUAUUUUCCAACUUGGGCCCUUUGUUUCCCAAUUUGGGGAAAAAGUGGAUGUCCUGGACUGUCCCAGUUGGCCCAUUACAUUGUAGUCACGACUGCCAGUAGGGUGAUGAUCUACUGGACCCAUUCCAAAGGUUUUUACAAGUACCAUUAAUUUACACACCCACUUUCUAAACAGGGCCAAGAUUGAGGGGGAAAAAAAGAAAACAGAAUUCCUCUUUAGAUAUAAAAUGAUUCUUCUUCCCAUUUCUUAUGUUAGGUUGAGUUUCUGCAGAGAUCAGCGUAAAGAACGGUGAGGUGUCUUGCUUCCUGACGAGGUUGGAUGUUAAUGAAAACUCGCUAGUUACAACCAUCUGACCUGUGCGGUCUCACCCAGCUGCCUUAACACAAAUACAGUAAUGUGAGAUGACACAUGACACUGUUCAAGUGUUAGAAAGUGGUUUCUGUUCUAAGGCUGUGGUACACAGGGCUAUAACAUGUGACAAAUCUGAUGAGCUUCAAAUGGAACAGCUAACAGCAGCAUCUUGAAAUACCUGAAUGGACCGUUAGCUGCUGCGUUGCCUGAACAGACCCCCUUACCCCGAUUCCCCCCCCAGUUUGACCACAUAUCAAAACACUGUCGAUGUCAUUCCUCUUUAAGAUGACUGCCAUUAGUCCAAUGUUCUUGUUUUAGGGAUGGACAUCACUGCAGGUCAGGGACCAUUCCUGACAGUCUGCAAUGAAUCUGUUCCAUCAGCCACAAGCUGAUGUUUUCUGAAACUCAAAUAGAAGUUAAAGAUGUAUUAAAAAAAUAUAGAAUAUACUAUAAAUGUACAUGCGUUCCUAUUUUUGUGAAGAGGAAAUAUUUCCCAAUGACCUGAGCAAAGUAAAUAAAGUUUUCAUCUCUGAGUGAAUAA